AUGAAGAUGUCUAACGCUGACACCGUCUUAACCGCCACCGAUAGGAUGGUGAAAUCUGUCCCCUUCCCCCUGAGCCACCGCCUUACAAUGAAGGAAGUGUUCGACUGCGAAGCGAAACCACGGGUGGAUCUCCUGAAAGCCCACCUCACCAAGGAGGGCCGCGUGGAGGAAGCCGUGGCGCUCCGGAUCAUCAACGAGGGAGCGGCUAUCCUUCGCCAGGAGAAAACUAUACUGGACAUCGAGGCACCAGUGACAGUCUGUGGUGACAUCCAUGGGCAAUUCUUUGAUCUUAUGAAGCUGUUUGAAGUGGGAGGAUCACCAGCCACAACGCGGUACCUGUUCCUCGGGGACUACGUGGACCGUGGCUACUUCAGUAUUGAGUGUGUUUUAUACCUCUGGUCGCUGAAAAUCCUCUAUCCAAAGACACUAUUUUUACUUCGUGGAAAUCAUGAAUGUAGACAUUUGACAGAAUAUUUCACCUUCAAACAAGAAUGUAAAAUCAAGUACUCAGAGCAGGUGUACGACUCAUGUAUGGAUUCAUUUGACUGCCUUCCCCUGGCUGCACUCAUGAACCAACAGUUUCUGUGUGUCCAUGGCGGGCUCUCACCUGAAAUACACACCUUAGACGACAUUAAAAAGUUGGAUCGGUUCAAGGAGCCGCCGGCUUUUGGGCCCAUGUGUGACCUGCUGUGGUCUGAUCCUCUGGAGGAUUUUGGCAACGAGAAAACCCAGGAAUAUUUCAGCCACAACACAGUGCGAGGCUGCUCCUACUUUUACAGUUAUCCAGCUGUAUGCGAGUUCCUGCAGAGUAAUAACCUAUUAUCUAUUAUUCGAGCCCAUGAAGCGCAAGAUGCAGGAUACCGGAUGUACCGCAAAAGUCAGACCACUGGAUUCCCAUCCCUCAUUACCAUCUUCUCAGCACCAAACUACCUGGAUGUUUACAACAACAAAGCUGCUGUACUGAAAUAUGAAAAUAAUGUCAUGAACAUCCGACAGUUCAACUGCUCACCACAUCCCUACUGGCUGCCCAACUUCAUGGACGUCUUCACUUGGUCUCUGCCAUUUGUUGGAGAGAAAGUCACAGAAAUGCUGGUGAAUGUGUUGAGCAUCUGCUCUGAUGAUGAACUCAUGAUGAAUGAUGAAGAUGAGAUAUUUGAUGCAAAUGCAGCUGCAGCACGCAAGGAGGUGAUCAGAAACAAGAUCCGUGCUAUUGGGAAGAUGGCCAAAAUGUUCUCAGUUCUCAGAGAGGAGAGUGAAAAUGUGUUGACGCUUAAAGGCCUGACGCCCACUGGCAUGCUGCCGAGUGGGGUUCUCUCUGGAGGCAAACAAACACUGCAGAGUGCCACCAUUGAAGCCAUUGAAGCCAUCGAGACGACUGAUGAGGAUGGAGAAGCCAUCCGUGGGUUCUCCCCCCAGCACAAGAUCGCCAGCUUCGCGGAGGCCAAGGGCCUGGACCGCAUCAACGAGCGCAUGCCACCUCGCAAGGACGGGGUGAACCACGUGGGUCAAUCCAUGGGAAAGAUGAAUAUGUCAGAGGCGAACGGCACGGAUGACAACAGCAACAUCCAGUGA